GCGCUCGAUGCAAUUACUACCCUAACGAUCCAACGGACCCCAACACCUCACCCCCUCCAGCUCUGCAACUCCCACCCACAUUCCCGGAGCUGCUCCUUUCCCGGCCGUUUUCCCUAUUCUGUCACUCACCUUUCCAACCAAUCAGCUCCAAAUCCCUCCCCUCGAGCCGUAUUAUCCGAUUCCGUGUAUAAAAAACUUUUCCCUUCCAUUUGGUCCAAUUUCCUUCGAGUUUGUAAUUAUUUUUAUUUGCUUUCUGUUAUUAAAUUUGUUGAGCCUCGAAAAAUUGUUGACUUGGUUCUUUUCAGCUGAAUUUUUUUGUAUUUUGGUCCAUAAUUUGUAUACUUAAGUUACAUCUGCUCGGGCCUUAAAACUUUUUCAGAAUUCAGUCUAUAUUUUCUAGAGAUCCAAUUCUUGAUGGCUGAAAGUUGGUGAAUUUGAUCCAUUUUGUGGAGUUGCAUCACACCCAGAAAAGUUUCAAGCUCAAAGUUGUUGAAUUGGGACUAGUUUGUGAAGCUCAACCAGACAUAUACAAGGCGAAAAGGUCGAUGGCUGAUUCGGACAACGAAUCAGGGGGGCACAACAACAGCAACAGCGCGAACGGCGACUUCGCUUCUCGAGAGCAAGACAGGUUCCUCCCAAUCGCUAACGUGAGCAGAAUCAUGAAGAAGGCAUUGCCCGCAAACGCCAAAAUCUCAAAGGACGCUAAGGAAACCGUGCAGGAAUGUGUGUCGGAGUUUAUCAGCUUUAUAACUGGCGAGGCCUCGGAUAAAUGUCAAAGGGAGAAGAGGAAGACGAUCAAUGGGGAUGAUUUGCUGUGGGCGAUGACUACUCUGGGGUUUGAGGAGUAUGUGGAGCCUCUGAAGAUAUAUCUGCAGAAGUAUAGGGAGAUGGAGGGGGAGAAGAGCUCGGUGGGGUCCCGACCAGGGGAAAAGGAUGGUAGCGGUGGGUCCGGUGGUGGUGGAGCCGCCGCGGGAGGUGGAGGGAGUGGUGGGGCGGUGAACUCGGCGAGUAGUGGUGGUGCUGGUGGGUUUAAUGGGGUUGGGGGAGUCUAUGGUGGGAUGUAUGGUGGGGUCAUGGGUGGUCAUCAUCAUGGACACAUGUACGGCUCUGGUGGGUUUCAUCAUGUGGGUGGUAUUGGUGGUGGUGUUGUCGGGAAAGAUGGUUCAGGCGGCGGCCGCGGUGUUGGAGGGUCCAUCGUGAGGUCAAGUUUCGACAGCUUCUUUCUUUCUUUUUUGAGAGGGAGGGUUUGCAUGCAUGCAUGCAUAUUUCUUUUGUGGAAAGCGGCAUGUAUCCAGAGUUUCAGCCAUUUGUCUCGAUCGUUACGUGUCUACCAAAUAGGGAGCUCUUUAGAUUGGCCUGUAUAUGUCAUGAAAUCUGUCGUUGCUUACCAUAUAUUUCUAUUUUAUGUUUUUCGUGCGGUGGGAGUACUGUAAGGUCAGUACUCAUGUUGUGAUUCAUUUUCAUUGUCUUGCAUGCGGAUAUAUAUAUAUAUACAUUUAUGGAAUGGAAGGAUCGAUUUUGGGAAGUCAGAUUUU